GUGAUGGUACUAAAGAAUCGAGAAGAUCAACUGAUGAGGAAGCUCAUCAAAAGAGACAAGCACCCAGUGAUGUUGAGAGUGAUGACGGGGAUAGCGUUGAUAAUGGCAGAGAUCCAAGGGUGAGUGCACAGCGUGAGUUGGCGUUGCGCCGUCCAGAAGUCGACCCCAAGGAUUGCUUGGAGGCCUUGAAGGCUGGUCAGGUGGAGAGCAGUGUUGCUCAAGUGCAUGGAACAAGGUUCCACGAUGAACUGGACGAUGUCCCCAAUGCAGGCGUGGCGUCACAAAAUCACCUCUUUGCUGCAAAUCCAUCUAACCUUCAGGCAAAUGGUGGACAAGACCAACUGCACACAAACAGCACAACAGCUCACGUUACAGCAAAUGGCUCAGUGGAAAGGGGCAAGAAAGUGCACUCUCAGCCUGCUUCAAGGAUACCCGAGGUGAAGGAGCAGGAGCAGGCGGUGGUCAAGGGAAAAUCCCGUGCUUCUGCUGCUGGCACUGGCGAAACAGAACCUAAGAAGAGCUGCAGUGAUUCAGAAGAACAGGAGCAUAUGGUACCUGUGGAUCCUGCUGACAAGUCACAGCAAGAAUUGAUAGAGAUGGCUUUUGCGGGCGAUGAUGUGGAAUUGGAUUUCGCCGUCGAAAAGGCGAGGGACACAGAGGCAGAACUGCCCAACGUCAAGGAGCCAUGCAUGCUACCAGGAUGGGGACGCUGGGCAUCGGAGCAGCGCGAACCUCGAUGGAUGGUUGAGGCAAAGAAAGCUGCGCAGAGGGAGCGAGAGGCUGCUGCCAAGAAGCGCAAGGAUGCCAAGCUCAAGCACGUGAUAAUCACUGAAAAGGUGGACAAAAAGGCAGCGAAGUACACGGCGGCCAAGGCCCCGUUUCCGUUUACAAGCAACCAAGCCUACAACCGAAGCCUUCGGCACCCAAUUGGGCAAGAGUACAACUCUAUGAAGGCUUUCCGGGAAUUCACCUCUGCACCGGUUGUGAAGAAGGCCGGCGUGAUCAUUGAUCCAAUCAAGUACAGCUCAGACCUGAAGGACCGCAUGGAUGAGGUGCAUGAGGCGCCUGCCGGGGAUCUGAAGGUAGCCACCAUCGUGGAUGGUACGGUCAGCAGGUUUCAAACACUUUCAAGAGGGCUGGGCGGUGGCAAGGGAGGGCAAGAGAAACGAGCGAGCAGCGGCCGUUUGCAAGGAGCAAAGCAGCGCUCGACAGAGCGUUUUGCUAGCCGCAAAGUGCACAACAUGGCGGUGAGGCGGUAG